AUGUCACACAUACCACGACAAAUUGACGAGAGGGCACUACCCUGCGUCUUACCGCAAAUCAGCCACAGCCUCUUUGGCGGCAAGUACAAUAGUCCUUUUGUACGAGCCUACCCUCCAGCUCUCACCGCCUACGGUAUUCCUGAAACUUCAUUCCUUGCCUUUGUUGAUGGUCUCAAUGAGAGCUUCAUCGCCAACCCGGCAUUGGAGUCAGCCACUCACGUUGGUAUGGGCUUAUCAGCUUUCGGCGGUCCUCACGGCCACAUGAUCGGGAAGGCAGUUAAGAUGGCAUCGAAAGCUGCAAGCAGCGGUAUGAGCUCCAAACGCUCAAAGGUCUUCUUAGAAGAGAUCAGCAGGGAUAUGUUUGCGCCACAUGGCCUCAAAGUCGAGAUCUUACCCACAUAUUCGAUGUUGCAGGUGAUAAGCUGUCCGCCCAACCAAUUCCAAUCUGGACCACCGCCGCCGUGGGAGACAACAACCCUAGGAGACAACGUCAACGCAGCAACUUUGCAACAGCAAGAAGAGAGCCAAAUGACACGAAUGCGCGCGCUAGACGGCUACGUGAUGCAUCUCGACUACCACGUCGCCGCCCAAGCCUCAAGCGACGACUGGUUGAAACGCAUGGGCGAUAAACAAGCCGCCAAAAAAGCCUCCAAGCAAAACGAAAAGAAAGCCGAAGACCUCGCGGACGCACACAAGAAACGCGACGAGAAGAUCCGAGAUGCGCAAGAGAAAUACAACAAAGAUGCCCACAAGUACAACGAAGAGCUCCGCAAGCUGCAAGAGAAACUUCAAGACGACUUAAGGAAAGAUGCACACAGUCCUGGUAAACAAGAGAAAGCGAGGCGCAAAUACGAGGAAGAGGUGCACAAAUUGGAAAGGGAUAAGGGUGCUGGGAAGCUGCAAGAGGAUAUGCAGGAUGCUGAUGAAGAGGUUCUCAACUUCCAGCGUGAUGAGAAUAAAGAGGCUAAGCAUUUGAAUUGGGUCGUUGUUACACCUGUGGGCUGGGCGAACCAGGCACAAUCAAAUCAUGCUGCGGCUGCGAAACUCUCGGCUGGAGAUCAUAUCAAGAAGCAUUUCAUUAAGUCGCUGUUUGGGUAG